AUGAGUCAAAGCACACAAUGCCCAAUACUAGAGAUUGCAUGUUUCAAUCAAGAAUCGGCUGUGGUUGCUGCGAGAGCAGGAGCCGACCGUAUUGAAUUAUGCAAGGACUACCAUCUCAGUGGCCUAUCGCCUGACCCCGAGGUUCUCCAAAAAUUGAAAUUACAGCUCACAAUACCGAUCUAUACGAUGAUUCGACCACAUACGGAAGGCUUUUGUUACGAAGAAAUUGACUUCGAGACGAUGAAACAAACUGUCAAGUCUCUCAAAUCCUACGGGGCGGACGGUUUCGUCUUCGGGAUUUUGACUGGAUCCCAACAAACGGGUCGUGAUCCGAAUGCCUCCUGGGUCGAUAUAUCUCGUAAUAAGCAGCUUAUACAACUAGCUGAGGGGCUCCCCUGCACAUUUCAUCGUGCCUUUGAUCUCAUUCCUGAAUCCCAUUGGGAGAGAGCAUUGGCCGACAUCAUGGAGUGCGGCUUUGCAUCGAUCUUGACCAAUGGUGGUCCUUCGGGGACGAAAGCAACGGAAUGUGUAGACAAGUUGCAAACUCUAGUACGCCUUCAAACGCAACUACAAGGACACGGAAAGCUACAGAGACACAGAGUUACAGAAAUUAUUGUUGGAGGUGGUGUGAGGGCAUCGAAUAUAGGCAUGCUCCAUACGAUUACCGGAGCCAAGACAUUCCAUUCCGCUGGUCUCUUUGCCUCGGAAGAGGUGACCUGCGCAGUUGAGGUGUCUAAGAUGAAAGAUGAGAUAUUGCGGGCACGGGAGGGGGAGGGGGAUGAACAGGCGAGAUAA